CACCGCCGCCGCCGCCUUGCACCAUUGCACCAUGUCCGGGCAGCUGGAGCGUUGCGAGCGCGAGUGGCAUGAGCUGGAGGGAGAAUUUCAGGAGCUGCAGGAGACACACAGGAUCUACAAGCAGAAGCUGGAGGAGCUGACCGCGCUCCAGACGCUGUGCAGCGCCUCCAUCAGCAAGCAGAAGCGGCACCUCAAGGACCUGAAGCGUACACUCCAGAGGUACAAGUGUCAUUCCAGUCAAGAGGAGGCGGAGCUCAUUCAGCAGAUAGGCGCCAACAUCAAGGAGCGGCAGAAUGUCUUCUUCGACAUGGAGGCCUACCUGCCCAAGAAGAAUGGGCUCUAUUUGAAUCUGGUUCUUGGCAGUGUGAAUGUGACUCUCCUCAGCAACCAGGCCAAGUUUGCGUACAAGGACGAGUAUGAGAAGUUUAAGCUCUACCUGACCAUAAUCCUGCUUCUGGGUGCUGUGGCGUGUCGCUUCGUCCUGCACUACAGGGUGACAGAUGAAGUCUUCAACUUCCUGCUCGUGUGGUACUACUGCACCUUGACCAUUCGGGAGAGUAUUCUCAUCAGCAAUGGCUCCAGGAUCAAAGGCUGGUGGGUGUCCCACCAUUAUGUCUCCACGUUCCUGUCUGGAGUGAUGCUGACAUGGCCUAAUGGACUCAUUUAUCAGAAGUUUCGAAAUCAGUUUUUAGCCUUCUCCAUUUUCCAGAGCUGUGUUCAGUUCCUACAGUACUACUACCAGAGGGGCUGCCUCUACAGAUUGCGAGCCCUGGGGGAGAGGAACCACCUGGACCUCACGGUGGAAGGGUUCCAGUCUUGGAUGUGGCGGGGCCUCACCUUCCUCCUGCCUUUCCUUUUCUGUGGCCAUUUCUGGCAACUCUACAAUGCCGUCACGUUGUUUGAGCUCUCCAGCCAGGAAGAAUGCAAAGAAUGGCAGGUAUUUGUGCUGGCACUCACCUUCCUCAUCCUCUUCCUUGGCAAUUUCCUGACCACACUCAAAGUCGUGCACACCAAACUCCAGAAGAACAGAAACAAGACAAAGCAGCCAUGAGCCUCCGGACUCUUGGGCCUGGGGGUCUCGGGACUUGAGAAGACUGCUGGAGACAGCAGUCAGCAGCCUAGCUGCUGGGCACUGGCAGCAGCAUCUCAGGGGCCAGCAGCAGCACUGGGAACAGGACCAAGGCCCUGGUCCCUGGCCAGACAUGAGGAAUGUGAGGGCCGCCUGCGUGCGCACAGUAUGGACCUGCCCCAGCGCCCUAUUUAUAACGUAUUUAACGCCGGGUCUUCCCCCACGUCCCUGGAAUCUGCGGCCUUCCCUGCAGCUCUGGGUAAUGGCAGCGGCCAUACCUGCAUCUGUCUUCCAGGGAGGGGCGAAAAGCCUCAGGGAAACCCCUCAUCCUGCUCCUUUCAUUUGAACCCCUCCCUGGGGUUUAGAUGUGCCUCACGGGGGUUGGCUUUAGCUGACCUGCUAUUUGCUGUGGCCCAGGCACCGGGUGGAAUGAAACUUUCAGCAUCCUGUGGAGCCUCCCCUCCCUGGGCCACCAUCUGUUGUAAGCCCCCCCCCCCAUAUCCCCCACCCUCUGUGAUGAGGGAGUAUUUAAGUUCUCAGAGAACCUG